UUAAAUAAGCCCGAAGACUUCAUUUUUCAGGUGGAGUCUGGUUUUGCUUGGGUUAUAAAUUUGCAGGGAGAAAAACCAGCAGCUGCUUUGCUGGAAUCCCUGGACGCAGGCAUCAUGAGGGAAUGUCUCUCGAUCCACAUCGGUCAGGCGGGAGUCCAAAUGGGGAAUUCCUGCUGGGAACUUUACUGCCUGGAACAUGGGAUUCAGGCGGACGGCACCAUCCUGGCCAACCAAGCCUCUCCGAAGGCCAUGCCCGAAGCCGAGCAGGUAGAUUCCUCCUUUGAGACCUUUUUCUGCGAGACGGCCUCCGGGAAGCACGUCCCUCGGGCGGUGUUUGUGGAUCUGGAGCCCACCGUCAUUGAUGAGAUCCGCACAGGAACCUACCACUCCCUGUUCCACCCAGAGCAGCUGAUUAGCGGCAAAGAAGACGCUGCCAACAAUUAUGCCCGAGGCCACUACACCAUUGGCAAAGAAAUCAUCGAUACCGUCCUGGGCAGGAUUCGCAAAAUGGCUGACCAGUGCAGCGGCCUUCAAGGUUUCCUGGUCUUCCACAGCUUCGGCGGCGGCACUGGGUCCGGCUUUACCUCUCUCCUGAUGGAACGGCUCUCGGUCGAAUACAGCAAGAAGUCCAAGCUGGAAUUCUCGGUGUAUCCCGCCCCGCAGGUCUCCACCGCCGUGGUGGAGCCUUACAACUCCAUCCUGACCACUCACACCACCCUGGAGCACUCGGACUGUUCCUUCAUGGUGGACAACGAAGCCAUCUACGACAUUUGCAACCGAAACCUGGACAUCGAACGUCCAACCUACACGAACCUCAACCGGCUGAUCGGGCAGAUUGUCUCUUCCGUCACAGCUUCCUUAAGAUUUAACGGGGCCCUGAAUGUCGACCUGAUCGAAUUCCAGACCAACCUGGUGCCCUACCCCCGCAUCCACUUCCCUUUGACCACGUACGCCCCCAUCAUCUCGGCCGAAAAAGCCUAUCACGAGCAGCUCUCGGUGCCGGAGAUCACCAACGCCUGCUUUGAAUUUUCCAACCAGAUGGUGAAGUGCGACCCGCGGCGGGGCAAAUACAUGGCGUGUUGCCUCUUGUACCGGGGGGACGUCGUGCCGAAGGAUGUCAACGCGGCCAUCGCGGCCAUCAAAACCCGGCGGUCCAUCCAGUUUGUCGACUGGUGCCCGACAGGCUUCAAAGUGGGCAUCAACUACCAACCGCCCACCGUGGUGCCCGGAGGAGACCUGGCUAAGGUUCAGCGGGCCGUCUGCAUGCUUAGCAACACCACGGCGAUCGCCGAGGCCUGGGCCCGUCUGGACCACAAGUUCGACUUGAUGUACGCCAAGCGUGCUUUCGUUCACUGGUACGUGGGCGAGGGCAUGGAGGAAGGAGAGUUCGCAGAAGCCCGGGAAGACCUGGCGGCUCUGGAGAAGGAUUAUGAAGAAGUCGGCCGAGAUUAUGCCGACGGAGAGGAAGAGGAGGCCGAGGAAGAUUUUUAGACCCCAAAAAUUUGGGCGUAACCAAGAAAAGAGGCAGCUCUGACCAUCCCUGCCGAAAAAAAUAGCCUGUCGGUUAGCAUCAGGAUUCUCCUGCCGGAGUUUGUUUUCUUAAAUUUACAAUCUUCUAUUCUUCAAGGACUAUAGACCACAUUGUACUUGGCUAGAAAUCACCCCCCUUAUAGCCCCUUUUUUUAAAAAAUAAAAUUAUUCCUAGUUAGAACGAUUUAAAAAAAAAUAAUUAAAAUUAACGCUCGAGUGAGGAUUGGGGUAUUUUCAGGAUUGACGAAAGGCAUUAUGUAUGACUCUUGUAAACCGUUUUGUGCACUGCUUGAACAAUUGUGUGAGGGUAGAAUCCCUCGAUAUUAUUAUUAUGGAAUGCAAUAACCCGCUUCUUUGUACUUCAUUAAAAAGCUGAAAUAGCAA